AUGUUUCAGGACGAGGGCCUCGCUAAAAAAGUGCAUUCGUCAUACAAAAUUAACCUCAAGGCUGAUGACGGUGCUGUGAAAUCGUGGAUAAUCGACACAAAGAGCAAACCGGCUUACGUGGGUCACGAUGAGCGACCAUAUGAAGUCGAGGUUAACGUGAAGGACAUUGAUUUUGUAAAAAUUGUUACUGGAAAGAUGCUACCAGAUCUGGCAUAUAGGUUGGGAAAGAUAAAAAUAAAAGGAGUCAUGGGAAAAGCUACGAGGCUCAAGUCACUCUUCAAAGGAGUCGAACCUGAAGUCGAAACUGUAAUAAUAUGCGAAAAUUUAUUUUUUCAAUCUGCUUUGAGUGUGGCUUUCUAA